AUGUUGAUAAAACAAGAUAUAGUGAUAAAGAAGAAACAGUGUACGUUAGAGAUACCGGAAAGACGUAGAAGAGCACAAUGUUUUGAUAUGAAAAAUAAAUGGUUACACAGUCCCGUACCGGAAAGAACCGAAAAGCGAAUAAAAUAUGAUAUGAUAAAAUUGAUUAUGAAGAAUAAUAGCGCAGAUGAACUUACAGCUGACGAAUAUACUCCAGGGACUAUCGGAUACUCCGAGGAGGAGAACAUUCUAAACAUCUAUUUCAAUCAGCAGCUAUCUCCUGGAAAUUACUCCCUGUUCAUCUCAUACGAGAUAAAUAUUAAUAAAGGCAUAGAAGAAGCACCUGUCAUAUUGCGCAUGGUACGACAUAUUAUGGGCAACAUGUUUCAAGUGAUUAUUCAGAAAGUUUUGACUACGUACUACUAUGAAUCUCUGAAUCCUACUUAUUUAUGGGAUAUGAUGCAAAUUCACAUGUCAUGUGGACUACUGGACAUACUCUUUCAUCCAGAAGUAUGUAACUAUACCAUAAAAGAUAUAAUGGAGAACUGGAUAACAACAAAUAAUUAUCCUAUUGUACACGUUCAUCGAAAUGCAAGCAAGCUGUUCAUAUUUCAAUCUGAAGAGGUAUUUUACAAUGAUAAUGAAGGCAAAGCGCUACCUGGUCACUGGUUACCUAUCACUUUCACUACAUGGGAAGAGUUAGAUUUCAAUAACACAGCCCCCCAUUAUUGGAUAACUCCAAAGAAUAGCAAUGGAAUAUCUGUCCAACUUACUGAUAAUAAUGGGUGGAUCAUACUAAACUUACAACAAACAGGAUACUACCGUGUAAAAUAUGAUAAAGAUAGCUUAAGUUUCAUUACAAACUAUCUAUGGAAUGAAAACUAUGAGAAGAUUCAUGUUCUUAAUCGAGCUCAACUCAUUGAUGACACAUAUUAUUUCUGGAUGAGAGGAAAAGUUCUAUACAGCCAGUUUGAGAAUCUCGCAAAGUAUUUAGGCCGAGACAAAGAUUACGUAGCAUGGUAUCCUAUGUUCCAAAUUUUUAUAGACCUAUCGUAUUUCUUACCAUUUGCAGACAGCUUAUUUAUAAAGCAAGAUAUGCGCUAUAUAUUGAAAAGGUUGCUCUACACAUUAUCAUACGACGAAAAAGUCGAUGAAGAUGAUCUCACUAAGUGGUUGCGCCAAGAAGCUGUAAAAUGGGCAUGUAUUUUUGGUGAUACAGAAUGUCAGCACAUUGCUACUGAUAGAUUGAAGGAACACCUAGAAGAUCCCACAAAUCGCAAACUUUCGCUGGAAUGGAAAGAAUGGACGUAUUGUAAAGGUGCGAUGAAAGCGGAUGAGAGUGUUUUGCAGAAAUUGGAAGAAUUACACAUAAGUGAUUCUAAAGAUUUUAAUUAUAUUUCAUGCGCUGAAAAACCCCAUCUUGCUAUCGACAUUUUCUAUGAGUCAGCUGUUAUCAAGAAAGACAGAUAUAUCACUUUUUCCUCUUAUGUCAUCUUUGUUGAUUAUGCAGUGAAACAUAUAAACAACAUGACAGAAAUUAUGAAGGCGCACAAUGCUUCACGUGUUGAUAAAAUCAAAUUAUUAGUUAUUAUUAUGAAUCACUUAUAUUCUAAAGAGGAAAUUCAACAGGUGGGCAAUCUUAUAGGUUGUAGAUACAAGACAACACAAAUAUGUGAUAAUAUUUACAAUAAACGCUUGCGUCAAGUCGCGUACCAAAAAUCCAGGCUUAUUAAGUUAACAGGUCGAAUUGUUUAAAUGUGUUACUGAGAGAUAAAGCCAUGUGUUUAGGCAAUUAUAUUAUAACUAUUUUAACGUAUAUUUCCUUAUUUAAGUAGGUAGUGUUUCGCAAAUGUAUAUAUUACGAAGUAUUCAAUCUUGUAUUCAAUGUGUUUAAUUUUGAAGUUUAAAUUUAUAUUUUAAUACAUUCUUCUAGUUAGUUUCUAGUGUUUAGUGUAAGUAUAUCAAUAAUAAGAGCGAAGCAGGAUGAACGUGCUUAUAAUUAAUCAAUCAUAGAGUACAAAUUCUCACAAACGUUGAAGAUGGUCUAAUAAUGAGAUCAAUUGCGUUCUUUUUUAUCACACUGAAGAUGGUCUAAUAAUGAGACCGAAACGUUCGUGAGAAUUUGUACUCUAUGAUUGAUUAAUUAUAAGCACGUUCAUCCUGCUUCGCUCUUAUUAUUGAUAUACUUACACAUAAGUUAUAGAGCUAUUUGUGACACUAGUGUUUAGUAUUAAUAAUUAAUGUUAUUAUUAUUAUAUUGUGUCUGUUAUAUCUUAUCUUAUGUUUGCUUUUUCUAAUUGUACAUUUAUAUUGCACAUUUUGUUCCUCUUAUGUGCAGUGUUCUAAUAAAGUGAGUCACUAAAAUAAUUAUAUAAUG